UCAAGAAGUUCUUCCUGAAACCUGCGUUUUCUUAGGGACAGAAGUCGAAUAGUUUCCAUUAUAUUUUUGAUAUAUUUUCAAUGAGUAGCAGUGUAGUAUAUUCACAGUGUAAUCAUAUUAUAUAAAAAUGAUUUUAGAAGUGUUGAAGGAAGUGUCCCCUAAACUCACGAGUGGGAUUCUUACUGUGAUUUUGGCAUCCUCUUUAUUAUUUGGUGUGCAAGAAUAUUGCAACAUAGGCAUUAGCCAAGGAUUGUUUAGUGUCGGUGCCAGUGUUUUUGAAAAUGGACAUAUUCACAGACUUUUUCUUUACCCUUAUCAUCAUAAGACAGUGGGGCAGCUUCUUCUCAGCAUCACAGUGUUUGCGUUUCUCAGUGGGAGUCUGGAAAGAGGCUUUGGCACUGUUCGUUUUCUCAUCAUGUUCUUUCUGUUAUCCACCACCUCGGGAUUAGCCUAUGCGAUUCUGGAUCUUCUGCAAGGAAGCACCAACCAGACUGAAGGACUGCUGCCUACAGCUCUGUCUUGCAUGGCUUUAACCACAAUGCACACAAGGAUGACCAAAGGAUUUUUGUGUGGGGUCAGUUUCCCCACUAUAGUCCUUCCAUGGGUGUUUUUAAUCAUCACCACCAUCCUCAUUCCAAAUGCAGUUCUUCCUUGUAACAUUAUAGCAGUCUUCACAGGGUGGUUGUAUGGCAGGGGAUGGUUUUCACUGCUCCAAAUGUCUGAGUCCAGAGCUUCUGUAUUGGAAAAAAAUGUGCCUUUUAGGUUUUUGAGGGCCGCCAGCCCUGCUACAUUUGUCCCUGCUUCUACAGAGGAGAGAAGGAAAGUACUUCUUCCACAAGUAAGUUCUCCACCACCAGGGACAUACCCAGUGCAAGCCUAUGCUCCAGCCUCCAGUCUUGGCCCUCAGAACUCUGCAUCUAUGCCUUAUGACAGCUGGGGAAUCUACAACAACACUCUGUCCAGUUUCCCAGUGCCGCUCCAUCCUCUUGGACAAUCCCACGGACAUUCUCAUGCUCCAUUCCACGGACAUCACAGCCACAGUUGCAACCAUAGUCAUAACUUGAAUAAUCUGUUGAACACUGAUCAAAAAUAG